AUGAGUAAAAAGGCAGGCUUAUUGUUGGAUGGAAGAAAAUUAAAAAUCAAUUAUAAUUAUUUGAAUUUAAUAUUAUGUUAUAUAAAUUUGAUUAAAUGUCUAAACAAAGAAGACCGAAUAGUUAACAGAAAAUGUAAUAGAACAUUGUAAAUAAUUGUAAAAUUUUAGACUUAAUCAAUCAACAAGCUGAAGACUUAAUUAUAAUAAUAGAGAUAACAUAGAUGGUCAGAAUAAAAAUGAAUAAAGAACUAUUUGAUUUUUUAACAUAAAUAAAUUUGCAGUAAUUUUAUGGAAAGAUAGCGUAGCUUUGCAAUGAUAAUUUGUAGUAAUUUAUUGAGAUGAAGUAAAUUAAUGAUUUUAAUAAUCAGAUCAUUUAAAGAUAUAAAGGAUUUACCAUUUGGAUAUCAGAUUAAAUUAUAGGUAUAAAGACUUGAUUAAAAUUAAGAAAGCGAUUGAGAAGAUGGCUAAAGAACCAACAAAUAAAUCAUCAAAAAUGAAGAACUAAUGUUGUUAUUAAUGA